AGGCAGAAUGACUCCUGCUGGUUCCGGGACGAAGUCGCACCGGAAGUUACGCAUAAUGGUUCUUUAGUCAACUGCUGCUGGAGGGUUACCCGAGGCGGCGUCUAGCGCUCGGGAGAGCGGCGCGACAGGCGCGCCAUGGACUCGGGCAGGCACUGGGCUGCGCAAUACCCACAGCUGCGCGCGUCGCCCGGCAGCGUGUUUGGCGUGGCCUUCGCGGCGCGGGUGGCCCUGGUCCUGUAUGGCGUCUUGCAGGACCGCGCGCUACGCGUGCGCUACACCGACGUAGACUACCUGGUCUUCUCGGACGCCGCCCGCCUGGUGGCUGCGGGCCGCUCGCCUUACCUGCGUGCCACCUAUCGCUAUACACCGCUGCUCGGCUGGCUGCUGGCUCCCGGCGUGCACCUUGGCGCGCUCUUUGGCAAGUUCCUCUUUAUCAGCGGCGACCUGCUCGCCGCUUUCCUGCUUUACCGGCUGCUGCGCCUGCGCGGCCUGGGGCGCAGUCAGGCUUGCGACUACUGCAUCUUCUGGCUGCUCAACCCGCUGCCCAUGGCUGUGUCCAGCCGCGGCAACGCCGACUCGCUGGUAGCCUGCCUGGUGUUGGCGACCCUCUACCUGAUCGAGAAGGGGCGCGUGGGCAGCGCCGCCGUGGCUUACGGGCUCGCGGUGCACAUGAAGCUCUACCCGGUGACCUACGUCCUGCCCAUCGCCCUGCACCUGCGGCCCGAGCCGGGCGACUCCUCGCGGCCGCCUCGGUACUCCUUCCAGGCCCGCCUGUACGAGUUUCUGAAACGCCUGUGCAGCGCGUCCGUGCUGCUGUUCGUGACGGUGUCCGGGCUCACCUUCUCCGCCCUGGGAUUGGCCUUUUACUCUAAGUACGGCUGGGACUUUCUGGAGCACACUUACCUGUAUCACCUGACCAGACGGGACAUCCGACACAACUUCUCGCCCUACUUCUACAUGCUGUACCUGACGGCGGAGAGCAAGUGGAGUUUCACCCUAGGCAUCGCCGCCUUCCUGCCGCAGUUGAUCCUGCUGUCAGCAGUGUCUUUCGCCUACCACAGGGACCUCACCUUUUGCUGUUUCCUCCACACGUCCAUUUUUGUAACUUUUAACAAAGUCUGCACCUCCCAGUACUUUCUCUGGUACCUCUGCCUGCUGCCACUUGUGAUGCCCCUGGUGCGAAUUCCGUGGAGGCGGGCAGUGGUUCUGCUGCUGCUGUGGUUCAUAGGGCAGACCCUGUGGCUGGCGCCCGCCUACAUGCUGGAGUUUCAAGGAAAGAACACUUUCCUGUUCAUCUGGCUAGCCAGUUUGUUCUUCCUCCUUAUCAACUGUUCCAUCCUAAUUCAGAUUAUUUCCAACUACAAGCAAGAUUUCCAUACAGAGAGAAUCAAAUAUGACUGAUACACAUUCCAGUUCUGUGAUGUCCCGGUUGUUCUGAAUGGAACAGAAGAGGGCGCUUUGGAAAUUUCUUUACAACAUUUUAAGCACUUUAGUGAAAGUACCGUGUGGAGCAUAAAACCCUGUUCCAACAGAAAUGUAAAAUGAUGUUUGCAUUAUAUAUAGGAUACUCGUGAUUGAGGUUCACCUUCUACGACUCACUUAUCUGGGCCGUGAUGGGAAGGAAAGGUUACCUGUGGAAAGGCUGAUGAUACCCAGAUGCCAAAAGGCUUUUCUAGAAAAGAGAGGAAUAUAGACAGAGCCUGCUCUAAGAAGUUGAUUUGCCUGAACCUCAUGGUAGUGCAGCGUUUAAAAAUCAAGCAGUGGCAAUCAUGUGACCAUCAUUUCCAGAAGGUAAAUGGUAGUUGUGAAGUCCAACAGAUGUGCUCCAGGUUGUAGAGAGGUAGAGAAGUGCAGAUUAAGAGAGUUUAGGUUCAAAUUCCAGUGCAUGAUCUUAGAAUUCUUUUCCCUGGAUAAAAUUUCUGUCUGUGAAAUGGGAAUGUUAACACAGUCCUUACAGAAUUGUUGGUAAGGAUUAAGUGAACUAAGAUGAUCUAGAAUAAGAUUUCCCCAGCUUUAACCUGCUGGUCAUUAGCUUUAAAGGAGUUCUUUUGGGAGUCUAGGCUCAAACCUUUCUUCCGUGUUCUAAAAGACUUCAGAAAAGAACACAGGUUUAUAAUAAAUAAUUGUUAUAAGUGUUGUAUACUACGGGAUGUGUAAACAAGAAUUUAAAAAAAAAUUAUUUAUUUUCCCUUUUGUUGCCCUUGUUUUUUUAUUGUUGUAGUUACUAUUGUUGUUAUUGAUGUCAUUGUUAGAUAUGACAGAGAGAAAUGGAGAGAGGAGGGGAUGACGGGGAGAGGAAGAUAGACCUGCUUCACCACCUGUGAAGCGACACCCCUGCAGAUGGGGACUUAGGGGCUCGAACGGGGAUCCUUCUGCCAGCCCUUGUGCUUCGUGCCACAUGCGCUUAACCUGCUGCGCUACCUCCGGACUCCCAAGAUUUUUUUUUUUUUUUUCACUCAGAGCACUGCUCCAUUCUGGUUUAUGGUGAUGCAGGGGAUUGAGCCUGGGACUUUGGAGCCUCAGGCAUGAGAUCUCUGCAUAACGAUAAAGUUAUCUACCAUUGCUCUGUAAACAGAUUCUGCUAUCUGGUUCUGGCUUGACAGAUUCAUGUUUGUGUAUUCCCAUCCCAUAAUACUAAGUGGUGGUUUGGUUCAUGGUGCCUCAAUCACUUAUACACUUUUCCAUUAUGUCAAAGGGUCACCCAGGCUGGUGCUCAGCUGACGGGAACACAUGUUUUGCCUAGGUCAGAAGCAUCCAGAGAACACUAGUCUUUAUUCAGCACUGGUCCUGGAAAGCUAGGUAAUCAAAAUGGACUUUCACAUACAUUACCCUGGACAAAAGCCAGGCUAAAUGGGGACUGUUUCUAGCUGCUUGGACACUUUGCUAAUCGAUGGGUCUUCUAAAAUGAAGUGACACCUGUAGUAACUAUUGAAAAAUGAUUUGGAGCUUGACUGUGAAGUUCAGUUCAUUUCACAAAGGACAAAUUUUAAUAUGUGUUCUCCAUUUUAGGGGGCAAUUAUUUAUAGACCCGGACUUUUUGCCAGGUCUUGUAAUAGACAAGAAAAAGCCCAUGCUUUUGCAGAGUUAACAGUAAAGACAAAAAUAUUAUCUGCUAUUCAUAUGAGCCUCUUUAGGUCACACCAUCUUAUAACUUAUAACAGGAGUAGAGGAUGUUACUCUCUCUUGCUAAGAAUAAUGAGGACUUUCCAAGGUCAACAGCUUGUUAAUGAUAAGGCUUUUGGUUCUGAUUUUAUAUCUUACAACUCUAUAUCAUGUUUCCACAUAAUGACUGGUAAUUACAGUGAAAGAAACUGUUGUUGUUAUCAAGUAGUCAGCGCAAGUCCCUGUGUUCUUCCCCUGUCAUGUGUCCUGGCAUGUGGGUCAGCUCUAACAGUCUUCAUGGAGUUUCCUGUUUCAUGAGCUACAGUAAGUGUUUACCUAUGAUGACUGUCACCAGGAAAAGUGAAGCAAGUCAAGGAAGCCAGGUGUUAGCAGUAAGGAGAUGGGUGCUGAUUUAGAUGAAGCAGGCAGUCAUCUGAGCAGAUGCCUGGAGAAGUGAAGAUGAGAUAAGUGUCUCUGCCAGGGACUUCUAAUUUUUUUUUAAUUAUUAUCUUUAUUGUUAGAUAGAGACAGCCUGACAUUGAGAGGGGGAUAGGAGACAGACAGACACCUGCAGCUCUGCUUCACUAUUUGUGAAGCUUUCCCCCUGCAGGUGGGACUGGGGGCUUGAACCUGGGUCCUUGCACAUUAAUGUAUGCACUUAGCCAGGUGUGCCACCACCCAGCCCCGGCCCUGGUGUAUUUAAAGAGGGUUCACGGAACUGACUGGAGCGCAAACCAGGAGCAGCCAGAAUCAAGGUCAGAAUCCAGGAGAGCAUGAACACAAGCUGAAAAAAAGGGGCCAGGUGAUGGUGCACCUGGCUAAACACACACAUUACAGUGUGCAAGGACCUGGGUUCAAGCCCCUGGUCCCCACCUGCAGGGGGAAAGCUUCAGGAGUGGUAAAGCAGGACUGUAAGUGUCUCUAUCUCCCCCACCUCUCAAUUUCUCUGUCUCUAUCCAACAGUAAAAUAAAAAGAUUAAAAAUAAUACAUUCUUUUAAAAAAAAAUUACAUUAGUGUUUUACUGACCUAUAAUAGAAUAACCAUGGGCUCACUUAUGGCUGUUUUUCCUGACUUUUGAACAAACUGGUAAGGAAGGUGAAAUAUAUAUAAACACCUUUAUAUUUGAGUGGUGCUACAGGUACUUUCACAUUGUUUUGAGAUGUGCAAGUUCUUUAAGACACUCCUCCCCCCCCCUUUUUUUUUUCAGGUGAGAAGCCUAGGGCUCUUUGCCCUGGGUCAGGACUAGCUCUAGAGACUCACUGCUAUUAAUUUCUCUGCUGCCCUGACCAGAUGACCCAGUGACCCUGAAAGUCAGAAAUUCAGGGGGAAAAAACAUUCAUUUGAUACUUACUGAGAGUCUAUUUGUGUCAAACACUCAACUAGAGUUAAGAGUGAUCACAGCAAGGAAACUGCAAAGUCAGUAUAGUGGAGGAGGUUCCACAAAUGGAAAGGUGGCUGCAUGUAAACAGCUAGGGUAGUGGGGGGAUUGUAAACUCAACUUCUUAGUGAUUUAAUACUGAUAUACAAAAUGAUAGGAUAAUAGCAGCAUAAUUCCAUACAGUUUCCAUCACCAGAGUUCUGUGCUCCAUCCCUCCACUGGAAGCUGCAGUAGUUCUCCCAAGACCACAGAUAAUGGGCUGAUUCUUUAACUAUAUCUGUGUGUGUAUGUGUGUGCAUAUAAUAUAUGUGUGUAUAUAUGCAUAUAUAUAUGUAUGUGUGUGUGUAUAUAUAUAUGUUUUCCCCCAUUUUUUCAGUGGUUUUGCCUUCACUUUCAAGUCACCCCUACACCUAUUACUACUUAUGAGUGCCUUUCCUUUUUCCUUCUUUGACAGGUAAGUGAAACAUUCCUGACUUCCUCUGGUGUUUUCCAGAUUUGCUUCCCUUUCAGUGAUGGUAUAAAAACAAGAUUCCUGGUGACAAGUGCUUCAGUUCCUGGUGGAAUGGGGCUAUAAAGCCCUCUAGUUUUCUUCCCCUUUUAUUUACUCCUCUGAGAGUAUGGACCAAAAUUCUUUUUGGAGUGUGGAAGGUGGGAGUUCUGGCUUCUGUAAUUGCUUGUCCACUGGACGUGGAUGUUGACAUGAACGCAAACUUGGUGUUCCAAUAGUGGAGGUUCUUGGCAAUCAAAUAAUUUCCUGCCUUUCCUUCCAUUUUUUUCUUUGGAAACGUUGGCUGGGGUCUGUCUAGGGAGUAUGUUGGUGAAUUUUAACAGAUUUUUUGACAAAUAAAGUCUUAAAAAUGGUAA